UCACAUCUAAUGCAGGAAAAAAAAGGAAAAGAAAAGCUGUCUUAGUUCAACUGAAAGCGUUUGGCAUAUAUCCAUUUGGUUCUGAAUUUAUAUGGAUUGAGAAAAUAUAAAAAAUUCUUGACAGAUGCCUUGCCAGGAACUGCCUAGGCUUUUACCUGGUUACGCACCUGCACACCUAUAACCUGAAGCCACUGUCUAGUUAUUCCUUGCCCAUACUGUUCAUUAGACUUCUGGUUCUCUGGGGUGAUGCUAUCACAACACUUCUAUAAUGGAGUUCUAUCUGUCAUGUAACUUAAUUACCAAAACCACUAAUCUUGUUGGUUUUAUAGAUCUUUACUUUGAGUGUUAUAGCAGCAUAAAGAAGUUGGGCAUCUUGGUGAAAGUCAUUGAAAAGAAUUUUAAUCCUCUCAUGGCAAUAGAUCUUGAGCAACCUUCAGCUGAACGAGAUACAGAAGAUGUUAAACCAAAUAUGGAUGAACAUGUGAUGGAUGGUGGAGAUGAAGUGGAUAUGAAUUCUCCUGAAAUGGAUUCUGCUGUUAUUAAAGGAGACACAAUGUUAGAACCCCGUAUGGGUAUGGAAUUUGAAUCUAAUGGGGAAGCAUAUUCAUUUUAUAGAGAAUAUGCUAGGGUAAUAGGGUUUGGCACCUCAAUAAAAAACAGCCGUCGUUCAAAGAUAUCUGGGGAAUUCAUUGAUGCAAAAUUUGCAUGCUCUAGGUAUGGAACCAAGCAUGAGUCUAGUAAGGUCAUUAAUCCACGACCUUGUUUAAAGACUGAUUGCAAGGCAAGCAUGCAUGUGAAGAGAAAACAGGAUGGGAAAUGGGUUGUCCAUGAUUUUAUAAAGGAACAUAAUCAUGACCUUUUGCCAGCCCAAGCACAUUUCUUCCGCAGUCAUAGGAGUAUAAAUAUUGAUGCUUUAUAUGCUAUCAAGCGAAGAAGGAAGAUGUAUUCUGAGAUAUCUAAGCAAUCUGGUGGAUUACAGAAUGUUGGUUAUCUAAAUAAUGACUUCAUAAAUCAAUUCCAUGAUGGACUACAUUUGGAUUUAGAGGUGGGAGAUGUACAGGCAAUGCUUGAGCACUUUAUGGAUAUGCAGGAUGAGAACUCCAAUUUCUUCUAUGCUAUGGAUUUAAAUGAAGAACAUCGUCUAAGGACUGUGUUUUGGGUAGAUGCCAAAGGUAGACAUGAUUAUAUCAAUUUUGGUGAUGUAGUUUCCUUUGAUACUACAUAUGUUACAAACAAAUAUAAAAUGCCAUUGGCUCCUUUUGUUGGAGUUAACCAUCACUUUCAGUGUGUAUUGCUUGGGUGUGCAUUAAUUGCAGAUGACACUGUAUCGACUUAUGUUUGGUUAAUGCGUACAUGGCUUAGAGCGAUGGGCGGUCGAGCUCCGAGUAUGAUAAUUACUGACCAAGAUAAAGCCUUGAAAGCAGCUAUUGCAGAGGUGUUCCCAAGCACACGACAUUGUUUAGGUUUAUGGCAUAUAAUCAGGAAGAUCCCUGAAAAACUUGGUAAUGUAGCCAAACGACAUGAAAAUUUUGUGAAAAAAUUUAAUAAAUGCAUUUAUAAGUCAUGGACUGAUGAACAGUUUGAAAAGCGGUGGUGGAAAAUGGUUGAUAGAUUUGAACUUAAAGAGGAUGAGUGGAUUCAGUCAUUAUAUGAAGAUCGUAUACAGUGGGUUCCAACUUAUGUGGGAACUGCAUUUUUGGCUGGAAUGUCUACAGCUCAACGAUCUGAAAGUGUAAACUCUUACUUUGAUAAGUACAUUCACAGGAAGACAACAUUGAAAGAGUUUGUGGAACAGUAUAUAUCAAUACUGGAAGAUAGAUAUGAAGAGGAAGCAAAAGCAGAUUUAGAUACAUGGCAAAAGUUGCCUGUGCUAAAAUCUCCAUCCCCUUUCGAGAAACAAAUGUCAACAGUAUACACACAAGCAAUAUUUAAGAAAUUCCAAGUUGAGGUUUUGGGAGCAAUUGCAUGUCAUCCCAAGAAAGAAAAAGAAGAUGAGUCAACCAUUACAUUUAGAGUCCAAGAUUUUGAAGACAAUCAGGAUUUCAUUGUGGAAUGGAAUGAACCAAAGUUAGAGAUCUCUUGUUUGUGUCGUUCUUUUGAAUAUAAAGGUUUCAUCUGUAGACAUGCUAUGAUUGUUCUCCAAAUAUCUGGCAUAUCCAGUAUCCCAUCUCACUAUAUACUGAAGCGGUGGACAAAGGAUGCGAAAAGCAGGUAUACCAUGAGACAGGGUUUAGAAGGUGAACAAUCAAGGGUGCAGCGUUACAAUGAUCUAUGUCAACGGGCCAUUAAGUUGGGUGAAGAAGGGUCAUUAUCUCAAGAGAGUUAUAAUAUUGCAUUUCGUGCAUUAGAUGAAGCAUUGAAACAGUGUGUGAGUGUGAAUAGCUCUAUUCAUAAUGGUUCAGAUUCCAGCUUGCCUGCAACAUAUGGUCUUCAGGACAUUGAAGAAAAUGAUGGUGACAAUAGGGCUUCUAUACUUAGGAUGCUUGAACCUCAAGGAGCUAGGUCAACUAAAAAAAAGAAUACAAACAAAAAGAGAAAGGUACAGCCAGAGCCAAAAGUAAUGAGUGUUGGAAAUGUUGGGACACAAAACAAUUUGCAACAGAUGGGGAACUUGAACUCUAGGGCACCUGCAUUAGGUGGUUCUUUUGUUCCUCAACAGAGCAUUCAAGGGAUGGAACAACUAAAUUCAAGAGCACCAACCUUUAAUGGUUAUGGAACUCAACGUAGUGUGCAAAGGAUGGGACGAUUGACCUCUGUAGCACCAACCCGUGAAGGUUAUUAUGGCAAUCAACCUAACAUGCAUGGGCUGGGACAGUUGAAUUCAAUAGCUCCAACAGGUGAUAGUUACUAUGGUACUCAACAGAGCAUGCAGGGAAUGGGACAGCUGGACUUCAGAUCACCAACUAUUGACAGUUGUUAUUGCAUUCAAGAGAGUCUGCAGGAUAUGGGAGAAUCCAAUGUGGGACCUUCACAGUUGCAUGGUAUGACAUCAAGGCAUCUACAUGACAAGCACCUUUCUAACUGAAACUGUAGUUCUUCUUAUGAAGGUAGUGGCAGAUGUCUGCUAAACUUAAAAGUGAUUAAAGCAGUAGAAUUCUUUUUCUUUGCUAUUGAUGACAAGAUUACAAUGAGAGCCUUCUUAGAUGUGUCCCUGGGACUUUCUGCCAAUUCUCUUGUAAUAUUGAAAGCCAAGCAAAUUAGAUAUGAGAUGAGGUCUGAUCUCAGUUUGCUUUGGGUAUGUAAACUUCUAUUGUCGAAGUUGUUGACUUGCGUCUCUCAAUGUGCAUAUAGUUGUGUAAAUUGAUUUAGAUGAUCCGUGAGUGUAUAUGCUAACAAAUAAUGUAUGUAAUGAAUAUGUAUGCAUAUCCAAUUUGUAGAAACUAGUUUGUAUCUGUUUUAUUGAAUUGCCAAUUUAUUGGCCCAAGUAAUGUUGAUUGGUUUA